AUGGAAACUCUACAGCCUGGCCUCCUCCCUUCUGAACACAAGCACGACGAGACCGUCUUUAUUCCCUACUGGGCACGCAGCACUGUGCAGUACGCCCAGAGUCUCCUCGAGUACUCGCCCGAGCCGAUAGAAUACAUCUUCGACGAGGACAGCUGGGAUAACUGUUUUUUCUUUCCGGAGGAUUGCACUCGUGCUCCCCCAGCAUAUCUUGCCACUGCCUACGAGACAGACACCGACGCACAUACCAUUAGCGUGAGUGAUGUUGACAGCUGCUCCGAAGACAUGACGCCGGCACUUCCAGAUAUCCGCAUGCUCGACUCCGAGGCCCUCGGCGAUCUGCUCGAGGAUAACCUCUCGCCUCCAGAAAUCACCUCCAUUUUGAUAUUCGCCACAAAUGGUGCCAUCUUUGCGUACGCAUCCGAUCUACCGAUCCGCCGGUUGCGCAGCCUGAGUGCGACGUAUGGAGCUGCCUAUACAUCCUUCGCCAAGACGUCCGCGUCAGGGAACUUGACCGGUGUGAACCCUGCCAGUCAUCCGUCGUCGUUUGUAACUGCGCCGUCGCUCUCGUUGGGCGAUGUUGGGUCGAUCGUCUUUGAGCAGGACAACCGAGUGGCCAUUGUGACGAAGAUUGGGGAUAAGGUUGCUCUGGCGGUGGUUGGACCGUCAAAGUUAGAGGAUCCGGAGACUGUUGACAACGUUGCAAGCAGCAUAGCAUCAGGAACAGAAGAUCCUACCGAAGCAGUCGAGCCGACAGAGGCAGCAGAAGCAGGACCAACUGAGUCAUCUGCGGCGUCGAAGCAGUCGCGGGCAGUCGAAUCUGAAGGCGACACAGAUAAGCUACUAGCCGCACAAUACGAGAUCGACCGAAGCAAUGAUCUAGCACGUCUCGCAGGGCUGAAUCUGAAUGCAUCACCGGAGAUACUGCUAGCGUUGGAGUCAAAAUCUGCGGCGCUGGGGAGAUUUCUCGGGCAGAAGCUGAAAGACUUGCACAGUCCUGAAGAUUUUUAA